GUAAAUAUUUAUGAGUUGUGACUAAGAACUUUCUAUUUCGCACUUAUGAUUAACUGGUGAAUAAUUUUCAUUCAAAAAUUGCAGUGAUUCAAGGUGUCUCGAACACGAUGCCAAAUAUUGGAAAUAGAAAAUUAAACUAUGGCAGUUAUAGAAAAAGCUACUCAAGACAAGAUCCGCGCUUUAUGUGACCAAAGCUUUCAGUCUCCCGCGUCGUUCGUACUAGUAGUACGCGUUUGUAACAUUGUCUCCGCUCCUAAUCAAGACCAGUACCACCAAAACACGUUUAAAUUCACGUUGGAGCACCAUAUUUUGACUGGAAGUUAUAAUGAAGAAUAACAUUAAAAACCAGUUGGAUACUGACGGUUAUGUAGUCUUAGAAGACUUUUUGACACCUGCAGAGGUAGAAGCCUUGAAGAAACAGGCAGAAAUCCUCACUAAUGCAAUGCCAGAACAGUCAGAAAGAACAAUUUUCAGUACCAAAGACUCAGAAAAUCAACAAAACAAAAACAAAUAUUUCUUGGACAGUGCGGACAAAAUCAGUUAUUUUUUCGAAGCAGGAGCACUAGAUUCUGAUGGCAAACUCACUGUCGACCCUUUAGUGUCCUUGAACAAGAUAGGGCAUGCCCUUCACGAACUAGACCCCGUAUUCAGGGCUGUGAGCCUCAGUGAAAAAGUGAAGGAAUGUGCCUUCCAGUUGGGUUUUGAAGACCCAGCCAUUCCCCAGAGCAUGUAUAUUUUCAAAAACCCCGGUAUAGGCAGCGAAGUCGUACCCCACCAAGAUGCAUGGUACUUACACACGGAUCCAAUGACAGUAGUUGGGUUCUGGUUCGCUCUUGAGGAUGCAACCAUCGAAAAUGGGUGCUUGUGGUUCUCUAAAGGGUCACAUAAAAGCGGUGUGCAUAGAAGAUACAUCAGAAAUCCCGAUAAAAACUCUGAAGAAUUUUUGAUUUAUAAUGCUCCAGCUCCAUUUUACCAGAAAAGUAGUUUUACAGCAGUACCUGUUCGUAAAGGUACUUUAGUCCUAAUCCAUGGACAGGUAGUACAUCUCAGCGAAAUAAAUAAAUCGAAAAAAUCGAGACAUGCCUAUACAUUUCAUGUGAUUGAACAGAAAAAUACAAAAUACUCUGAAGAAAAUUGGUUACAGUAUCCUGAAGGCAAAUCAUUCUUAAGCUUAUAUAGAAAUUGAAGAAAUUAUAAAAUAUAUGAAAAAAUAAUAUGAUUUU